AUGUUGGGGUUUUGCGCUAAUAACGGGUCGUUCAGGAUGAUUGCCCUGAUCUCGUUCGACUCCUCGACAAGAAUUUGGGCCGUGGAUAUCCUUCGAUGGAGAAUAAGGACGCUGAACAGUUUCAGUGCAACCAUAUCUCGUUGGCUCAUCUUGGAACUAGUAAAAACUAGCAGUAGUGUGCUGAUCUCAAACGAAUUUGGGUUAAGGAACGUGUCUGUUGAGAUCAGCGAUUUAUCGUCGACGGACUCGUUGUAG